CCCCGCUUCGUCGCUCCAGCACCUUCUCCUCUCUUCUCUCCGGACACGUGGCGAUCCCUCCUCGCCUCUUCCCCUUCUUUUUAAAUAGAGUUUUGAUCCUCGCUCCUCGCACUCGCAAAUGCACAGCAAGUGAAGAACGUACUGUUGGACGCCGACGACUCCCCGAACGCAAAAAAGAUCGGCGGCGGCGGCGGCGCCAUGAACCCGGACAAGUUCACGCACAAGACGAACGAGGCGCUGGCGGGCGCCCACGAGCUGGCCCAGGGCGCGGGCCACGCGCAGAUGACGCCGCUCCACGUCGCCUCCGCCCUCGCCUCCGACCCCUCCGGCCUCCUCCGCCAGGCCAUCUCCUCCGACGCCUCCUCUGCCGACGCCGCCGACGCCUUCGAGCGCGCCGUCGCGCGGGGGCUGAAGAAGCUGCCGUCGCAGUCGCCGCCCCCGGACGACGUGCCGGCGUCGACGGCGCUGGUGAAGGCAAUCCGGCGCGCGCAGAGCUCCCAGAAGGCCCGCGGCGACUCCCACCUGGCGGUGGACCAGCUGAUCCUGGGCCUGCUGGACGACCCGCAGGUGGCGGAGGCGCUCAAGGAGGCCGGGGUCAGCGUGGCGCGGCUCCGGUCGGCGGUGGAGAAGCUGCGCGGGGGGGAGGGGCGGCGCGUGGAGAGCGCGUCGGCCGACUCGAACUUCCAGGCGCUGAAGACGUACGGGCGGGACCUGGUGGAGGCGGCGAGCAAGCUGGACCCGGUGAUCGGGCGCGACGAGGAGAUCCGGCGCGUGGUGCGCAUCCUGUCGCGGCGGACGAAGAACAACCCCGUGCUGAUCGGCGAGCCCGGGGUGGGCAAGACCGCCGUGGUGGAGGGGCUCGCGCAGCGCAUCGUGCGCGGCGACGUGCCCAGCAACCUGCUCGACGUGCGCCUCGUCGCCCUCGACAUCGGCGCCCUCGUCGCCGGCGCCAAGUACCGCGGCGAGUUCGAGGAGCGCCUCAAAGCCGUUCUCAAGGAGGUCGAAGACGCCCAGGGCAAGGUCAUUCUCUUCAUCGACGAGAUCCACCUCGUGCUCGGGGCGGGGCGCACGGAGGGCUCCAUGGACGCGGCGAACCUGUUCAAGCCAAUGCUCGCGCGGGGGCAGCUGCGGUGCAUCGGCGCGACGACGCUGGAGGAGUAUCGCAAGUACGUGGAGAAGGACGCGGCGUUCGAGCGGCGCUUCCAGCAGGUGUACGUCGCGGAGCCGAGCGUGGACGACACCAUUAGCAUUCUCCGAGGGCUCAAGGAGAGGUACGAGGGCCACCACGGCGUUCGGAUUCAGGACCGCGCUCUUGUCGUCGCCGCGCACCUCUCCCACCGCUACAUCACGGGCCGAUACCUUCCUGAUAAAGCAAUCGACUUGGUCGACGAGGCUUGUGCAAAUGUCAGGGUGCAGCUUGAUAGCCAACCUGAAGAAAUCGAUAACCUGGAGAGGAAGAGGAUUCAACUGGAAGUUGAGCUGCAUGCGCUUGAGAAAGAGAAGGACAAGGCGAGCAAAGCUCGGCUUCUCGAGGUCAAAAAGGAAUUGGAUGAUUUAAGGGAUAGGCUGCAGCCGCUGAAGAUGAAGUACCAGAAGGAAAAGGAGAGAGUUGACGAGAUUAGGAGACUGAAGCAGCGUCGGGAGGAGCUGUUGAUCUCGUUGCAGGAGGCGCAGCGGAGAAUGGAUUUGGCUCGUAUUGCCGAUCUCAAAUACGGCGCCCUGCAAGAGAUUGAUGCUGCGAUCGCUAAGCUUGAAGGCGAUACGAGUGAGAAUCUGAUGUUGACGGAGACCGUUGGGCCGGAACAGAUUGCAGAGGUCGUUAGCAGAUGGACCGGCAUUCCUGUCACUAGGCUUGGCCAGAAUGAGAAGGAGAGGCUGAUUGGACUCGCAGAGAGGCUGCACAACAGAGUAGUUGGGCAGGACCAGGCGGUCCAAGCGGUUGCAGAAGCAGUUUUGAGGUCGCGAGCCGGUUUGGGCCGUCCGCAGCAGCCGACGGGCUCCUUCCUCUUCUUGGGCCCAACCGGUGUAGGCAAAACGGAGCUCGCAAAGGCCCUUGCCGAGCAGCUUUUUGAUGAUGAUAAGAUGCUCAUUCGCAUCGACAUGUCUGAAUACAUGGAGCAGCACUCGGUUGCCCGGCUCAUCGGGGCACCUCCUGGGUAUGUUGGCCACGAAGAAGGCGGGCAGCUAACGGAGCAAGUGAGGAGGCGGCCGUACAGUGUGAUCCUCUUCGACGAGGUGGAGAAGGCGCAUGUUGCUGUGUUCAACACCCUUCUUCAGGUCCUCGACGAUGGCAGGCUAACCGACGGGAAAGGUAGGACAGUCGACUUCACCAACACAGUCAUCAUUUUGACUUCAAAUCUCGGGUCAGAGUACCUUCUGGCAGGAAUGGCUGGUCAGUCUUCUAUGCAAAUUGCGCGCGAGCGAGUCAUGCUGGAGGUGAAGCAGCAUUUCAGGCCCGAGCUGCUGAACCGGUUGGAUGAGAUAGUCAUAUUCGACCCGUUAUCGCAUGAUCAACUCAGGAAGGUCGCCAGGCUUCAGAUGAAGGACGUCGCCGUCCGUCUCGCCGAGAGGGGCAUUGCUUUAGGUGUAACAGAUGCUGCCUUAGAUGUUGUUCUCUCUGAAUCCUACGAUCCGGUGUAUGGUGCUAGACCGAUAAGGAGGUGGCUGGAGAAGAAGGUGGUGACUCAACUGUCGAAAAUGUUAAUAAAAGAAGAGAUUGAUGAGAACUCCACCGUCUACAUAGACGCCGCCCCGGACAAGAAGGGGUUGGUAUACAAAGUGGAGAAGGAUGGAGGCCUAGUGAACCCAGCUACGGGGAGGAAAUCGGAUAUUCUAAUUGAGAUCCCGAGCGGGGUACAGAGAAGCGAUGCGGCUCAGGCAGUGAAGAAGAUGAAGGCAGCACCUGAUGAGGAGGAUGAAGAUAAUGUCGAGAUGGAUGAGUAGGCUUUGACGGUUAAGUUUCUUGUGUUUCAACUUAUCAGAAGUGCUUUUGUUUCUUGGCUUUCCGAGUAUCUUACUUGUAAGCUAUAUGUAAUGUUCUGCUGAAGCAAAUGUUACUAAGAUGAACACAAGGCGCUUAGGAAUCUGUUUAAAUGGCUCUGUUUUUUUUGGUCUUAUUUCGUGUUUGGGAAGUGACCAAAAAGGAGGACACAGAAGUGGUUGAGGAAGAGGAAUACGCCUAAUCUUUCUGUGGUCAUGGUUGUUGUGUAGUUCGAGCAAGAUGGUUUACUUGCAAGUGCUUUUAUACCUCCUUGUUUUCUGUUUUGCUGCUUGUCGCCAUUUCAAUGGAGUCAAUUUUAGUUUGAGCGUUGGUGUUU